CCGGGAGCCUGGAGGAUGGUGAACCGCUGCGCGCGCGGAGCCCAGCCCUGCCUGGCGCAGCCUCCAGCCUCCGGAGGCACCAGGUGCCCAGAACUUUGGGCACCGCCUCUGAGACUCGCUGGCCACCAGCAGACAGGAUGGUGAGCUCCCUGCGUCCUGUUCUGUGAGCAUGGGUAGGUAGAGCCAGGCACCGGGAGCCCUGUGGGUUGUGUGUGUGCUGGGAACUGCCUCACACCUGAUAAAAAAAAAAAAAAAGCCAGUGGAGGAGUGAGUGCUGCUAUUUUAAGUUGUUGAAUGGAUCCUCUGGGGUUGACAGGGGGAGGGGACAGAGAUUAGGCAGAGAAAGGGUUAGCGUACCCAGUCAGCUUGGGUAGGCACUAGAUGUGCCAAGUGGGGCACAUCUCCAAAGGGCAGAUGGAGUUCCAGCGCUGCCUGGUUCCCCUCCCCCCAGGCAGGCCUUCCCACCCUAGGCUUCCGUGACCACAGGUGCUUGCCUCCUGCCCUUUGGCGCCUGUCUGCUGAUGUGCCCAGCCUGUGCCCACCAUGCCGCCCUCCAUCUCGGCCUUCCAGGCCGCGUAUAUUGGCAUCGAGGUGCUCAUCGCCCUGGUCUCUGUACCUGGGAAUGUGCUGGUGAUCUGGGCGGUGAAGGUGAAUCAGGCCUUGCGGGAUGCCACCUUCUGCUUCAUCGUGUCACUGGCAGUGGCUGAUGUGGCUGUGGGCGCGCUGGUCAUCCCACUCGCCAUCCUCAUCAACAUUGGCCCGCGGACCUACUUCCACACUUGCCUCAAGGUCGCCUGCCCUGUCCUCAUCCUCACUCAGAGCUCCAUCCUGGCCCUGCUGGCAAUUGCUGUUGACCGCUACCUCCGUGUCAAGAUCCCACUCAGGUACAAGACAGUGGUGACGCCUCGAAGGGCUGUGGUGGCCAUCACGGGCUGCUGGGUUCUCUCCUUCGUGGUGGGCCUGACGCCCAUGUUCGGCUGGAACAACCUGAGUGUGGUGGAGCGGGACUGGCUGGCCAACGGCAGCGUGGGCGAGCCUGUGAUCGAGUGCCAGUUCGAGAAGGUCAUCAGCAUGGAGUACAUGGUCUACUUCAACUUCUUUGUGUGGGUGCUGCCCCCGCUGCUGCUCAUGGUCCUCAUCUACAUGGAGGUCUUCUACCUGAUCCGCAAGCAGCUCAACAAGAAGGUGUCGGCCUCCUCUGGAGACCCACAGAAGUACUAUGGGAAGGAGCUGAAGAUCGCCAAGUCGCUGGCCCUCAUCCUCUUCCUCUUUGCCCUCAGCUGGCUGCCCUUGCACAUCCUCAACUGCGUCACCCUCUUCUGCCCCUCCUGCCACAUGCCCAGGAUCCUCAUAUACAUCGCCAUCUUCCUCUCACACGGCAACUCGGCCAUGAACCCCAUCGUCUACGCCUUCCGCAUCCAGAAGUUUCGAGUGACCUUCCUUAAGAUCUGGAACGACCACUUCCGCUGCCGGCCUGCACCCCCUGUUGACGAGGAUCCCCCAGCAGAGAGGCCCGAUGACUAGACUCCCCCUCCCGCCCCGCCUUGCCCGUGUCUGGGGCGUCUCAGCCCAGGGCUCCCCUCCCUGCUAUCCCACUCGUCUCCCUUGUCUCUCCCUGCUGUGGGCUGUGGGCUGUGGCUGUGACCCGCCCCUCACGGUCCUGGGGGAGGUGUGGGAGGUCAGUCCAUGGGGAAAGAACCAGGUAACCUGAGGGAAAGAGGAAAGUGGCUCGUGCUUCCCCAUCUGCAAGAUCAACCCAAGGCAGCCUGAGCGGGCCUGAGACCCUGAGACUGCCCUGGGACCACAUAGGCCAGAAGAGCAAGCUCAACUCCCAUAGCAGGCAGGACAGCGGCUUGUCUGACUUAGGUGCUGGGGUUACAGCCCUGGGACCCAGCUUAAGGAGAGAAGCUCCCUACCAAGACGGAGAGAAGGAGAGAAAGAGAGAAAGUGGAUGUCCUGGCCUUGUUUUCUCUCCUGUUCUGCAGGAGAAGGUGGCCAGAGCCACUGACAGGCAGGAAUCAAGACGCCUUUAGUCCCCACCUCCCACAGCUCUGAGUUCCUGGCCAUGACGCUUGCCAGGGUGCCUGCUCUCCUCACCACAGGGAUUCCAAGGUUAUACUUGCGAGAGGCAGAAAGAACGGGUCCAGAAACAAUUUCCAGUAUUUGCUUUAUUCUCCACUAGUGCUUGGGCCCUGAGUGGGGGCUCCACGCCCCCUGGAGCAAGUGUGGAAUAGUAGGUGUGGGCCUCAAACAGCCACAAGGCAGAAGCAUUGAGCCCUGAUUCUUGCCCUGAGCAUCCCAAGUAAGAGAAUGAAGUGUCACAGCUUGUCAUCUGGGCCACCAGCUCUACCAGCUCCAUCAGCCCUCUGUGCUGGGCACCCUCCUAGGUGACACCCCUCUUUGCUGCUUCUGGGCCAAAUAGAGAGGGGAACUCCAGACCUGUCAACUCUUGGGAACAUGCUGCCUGCCUGGCGAGGAGGCAAACAAGAGAAGGUGAGCUGCCAUGGGCACUGUGGGAUGAGUGUGACAGGCUGCUCAGGCCGGAGGAGAUUCCCCUCCGGAGUGUGUGGACAGGAAAGUCUUACCGGAUUUUAAGUACCCUCAGCACCCCUAGCACUUAGCACUACAUUCACGGGCUUUGAGGCUCUGUUGCAGAGUCUAGGCCUUUAGACUAGACCUUUCGGGAAGGGUCUACUCCUGGCCCAAACCAAAGCUCCUUAUACAGAGGAGUGAGGGGCCAGGUUCUAAGUGUGAACAGCAGCUCCAGGGCUGAUUCCAGGCCCUUCCCUCUCUCAGGCGGGAUGUCCCCUGGCUCCCAGGGAGGGUCACUUGACUAAUAAAAGACUGUCAGCCCUCAUGGAGAAUGCACCUCACCACUGAGGGAAACAGACAACCUCAA